AUGAGUACCGUCAAUUUCGACAUGGACAGCGUCGAGGCGUGGCGCCAGAAGAAGAUCGUGGAGCAGCUGGAGAGCGCCAAGGGCAACGGCACCUCGUGCAUCACCAUCAUCGUUCCCCCCAACUACCAGAUGUCCAACAUCAGCAAGCUUCUCACGAGGGAGCAGGGCGCGGCCUCCAGCAUCAAGAGCCGCGUCAUGCGCAACUCGGUCAUCGAGGCCCUGAAAUCGAUCCAGCAUCGCGUGAAGCUCAUCUCGCGCCCCCCGCCCAACGGGCUGGCGAUCUUCUGCGGCACGGUCAUGCGUGAUCGCAAGGAGAAGAAGGAGCUCACCGUGUGGGAGCCCAUCCAGCCCCUCAAGCAGUUUUCCUACCUCUGCGAUGGCGAGUUCCACGUGGAGCAGCUGAAGGCCCAGCUCAACGAGCACGACAAGUACGGCUUCAUCGUCCUCGACGGCCAUGGCACCCUCUUCGCCACGGUCCAGGGCAACCACGUCAACGUGCUCCAGCGCUACACGGUGGCCCUCCCCAAGAAGCACCGGCGAGGCGGUCAGUCCGCCGCACGUUGCGUUUUUAACGCGAGGCAUACCUACCUGACGAAGGUGGCCGAAAUGGCGGUCCAUUGCUUCGUCGGUAGGGACGACCAGCCCAACGUCAAGGGUCUGGUGGUGGCCGGCUCGGCCGAUCUCAAGUGCGAGCUGGUCAGCCCCAAGAUUCUGGACAGACGCCUCCUGGUGAAGAUCCUCAAGACGGUCGAUGUCUCCUACGGCAUGGAGAAGGGCCUUCACCAGGCGAUCGCGCUUGCCACCGACGUGCUCGGCGAGGUGCGCCUGCUCAAGGAGCAACGCCUGCUCGAGCGCUACUUCAACGAGCUCGUCGUGAGCGUCGACUCGGGCAAGGCCGCGUGCGGUCUGCGCGAGACGAUGGCCGGCCUGCGCGAGGGCGUUGUAGACACGAUCGUGUGCUGGGAGCAGCUGUCGGUCGUGCGCUACACCGCCCAGCACGCGCUCACCGGACAGACCGAAGUCAUCCAUUACAGCCCGAAGAAGGCUGGCCGAUCGGCCGUCACCGAGCCCAGCGUGCGCGAAGUCAUCGACAGCCACCGCGUGACCAUGCAGGACCCGCAGCAGUGGUCCAUCGUCGAGCAGGCCCCGCUGGUCGACUGGCUCGCCGAGCACUACCGCGAGUUUGGAGCGCAGCUGUCGUUCAUCUCUGGCAACUCGGAGCUGGGCAAUCAGUUCGUGCAGAGCUUCGGCGGACUCGGUGCCAUCCUCCGGUACCAGGUCGACUUUGAGGCGCUCGACAUGCCCGACGUAGAGUGCAAUGACGCUGACGAGUUCGACGACUUCGACGACUUUGACGCCUGUGUCGAGCCCGAGCCUGCGCCCGACACCAAGCCCGCCGACCCCAAGGAAGAAGUGCUCGAGUUCGACGACGACGACUUCGAGGAAGACAGCGGCGAAGAGGAGGUGCCCACACGCGGCGCCAAGUCACCGCCUGCGGCCUCGGUCAACGACAGCCGCGACAAAAAGAACGACAAGGGCAAGGAGAAGCUCGACGUCGGCGAUGGGCUCUCUCCCGCAGCCACCCCGCGAAGCUCCGCUUCUGCCACAAGUGGUCGCCGCGACUACCCGAAGACCGACACCGCGCCGCCGAAGAACCCCUCCGGCUCGCCGCCGCCGCUGAGCAAGGUCAAGUUCACGGAGAAGGUCUUCGUGCCUCGCUCUCUGCCUCCGGCGUCCGCACCGACCCGCGCCGGCCCCUGCAUCAACUAA